ACAGAUAGAAAAAAGAGUAAUAGAAAUACACGCAUAGCUUACAUAAAUAUAAUAAAAAAUGGAGAUAAAAAGCUUGUAUCUCGUACUUUGGAAUAUAUUGAAGGCCUAGAAAAUAAGUUAAUACUGAUGACAAGCUUUGAUAAAUCUUACCAGAAAAGAUUUAUUACUAAUAUAAAGGUCAUCAGUACAUUCACAAAUAAAAACAAUAUAAAAAUUGAUGUUGUCAAAACAAUUUGUCAUAAUAUUACUGAGGAAAUGAUAAUGAAUCUAGAAUAUAAUAAUCUCUUAUUAUCAUAUGUGAUUGAUUUUUCAAAUCUACCCAAAGAAAUUAAAGAUGUAUUUGACAAGCAAGUACUAAUUGCAAUGACGGCUUCAUCAAUAAAAUUCUAUCGAGACAUGGAUCCUACUUCAGAAAAAUAUCUUGAAUACUUGUAUGAAAACCAACAAACUGAAAAUAUAAAAUUUGAGAAGGAAACCCAUGAACAGUUAGAUCGAAUAAUGGCACCAUUUCUUACAUCUUCACAAGCAAAGAAGGCAGAUACCUGGAUUGAAAUGAUAAUUGCAAAAAAUCUCCAUGAAAUUGUAUUUGCUGAAACAUCAGAGUCACCUUUUCAGGCUACCUGCACUACUAAAAAGGUGUAUAAUGAUAAAUGUAAAUUAAUACACUUUGGAUAUGAUUCAAAAAAUAAAAUGCUCGAUGAACUUAUUGAGAAAAAAUGCAUAUUUUUGUCUGAUUGGAAGAACCUCUGUAAUGAUAUCCGUAAAGCUGAAUUGUUGUUGUUCCAAGCUUAUAAAGCGAAGCUGAAAGUUCUCGUCUUAGAUUGUCCAGCACACCCUUUUUGUCACGUGAGAGAAGUAUUUGAUUUAGAUAUUCCAUAUAAGAAAGUGGUGAUAGAAGAAUUUAAAUUAUUUAUUCAGGCUUUAUAG